CUCUCCUUCUAGCUUGCUCCUCCUUCCUCUCCUCCCAGAUUUCUCCUACUUAUUCUCUUUGCCUGCCAGCCCCACCUAUCCUUUCUCCUGCCUUGCUCUUGGCUGUUCAGCGGCUUCAUUAGCCCAUCAGGUGUUUUAGACAAAGAAUCAUAGCUUCACAGAGUUAAAAAAAUGUAGCAUAAAAUUACACAUCUUUGCAUCAUUAAAACAAAUGCUCCACAGUAUAAACAAAUGUAAUACAUCUUAAAAUAAUAUUCCACAAGAGAGAGCUCUUUGGAAGUUAGCAAUCUUUCCCUUGACUGGGGGUAUUAUAGUCUGCAGCUUUCAGCCCUCAAUGACAGUUGAAUUCAUGUUUACUUUCUUGUUCUUCCCACCCCACCCCCCUGUGUUUUGAGACAGUUUUAUGAAACUCAGAACUGUCUUAAACUUGUUUUGUAGCCAAGGCUGCCCUUGAACCGAUCUUCCCUCUGCCUCCCAAGUGCUAGGAUUACAUGUGCCUCACACAGUCAAAUAAAAAUUAUGAUCUUAUUAAAUUAGUAAUUCUCAAUCCUGAUUCAUAUUAAAUGAUAAAAGGGGGGAUUCUUUACCUGUUUGGAAAGAAACUACUGAAUAGUACUGGGGUCACUUUUGCAGGGUGGGAAUGGGAAGGAAUGAGGCAGAGUCUCUCUAUGUAGUCUCUCUAUGGCUGACCUGGACCUUGCUAUAUAGAGCAGGCUAGCCUUGAAUUCACAGAUUCUCCUGCCUCUGCCUCUUGAGUUCUGGGAUUAAAGACAUGCACGACCACCCUUACUGGGAUCACUAUUUUUAAAUGUUCCUCAGUGCAAGGAGAGUGGGAAGUAGAGGCUGGGGCAGGGAGUGAAAGAAAAACAUCUGAGUUUCUAUAGUUCAGUGCUGUAAUUUGGUUUCUCUGGGGUGUGAACUAUGGGUUUCUGUUUUUAUUAACGUGGGAUUUCGGCCACUUGGGCUGUACUACAAAUGAAAAUGAAAAACGCCUCCUUAGAGCCCAGCUGGUAGGUAGGGCACAGUGCUGACAGGUGUGGGCGGUUCCCCUCCAGUGUCCCCUGUGCUGUGGGCCCCCUGGGAAAGAGGACGGUGGAGGCACGGCUCUUCACAUUCAGCUGCUCGGCCAGGUAGCAAAGCAGAGGCAGGCUGAUCUCUGUAAAUUUGGUUCCAGGCCAGCCAGGGUUACGUCUCCAAACAGACUGCUACUGUAGGUCUACAAGGUCUCAUUUAAUGUUUGGACCAGUGCAAGUUGGGAGCUGUAGGAGGUACAGUAAUGGCCCCUCAACAAUGUCUCUUUCCGGUCACCAGAACCUGUGCUUCACCUCAUACAGGACAAGGGGGACUCCAGGAGGGAUUACAGAUCUUAGUGAUGGGGAGAUUGCCCUCUGCGGUCUGGUGGGCUCUAUCACAUGAGUUAUUCAAAGUGGUACACAAGUAUACAGACUCCCUGGAGGCCUCCAAGCCAGACCUGCAACUUACAGCUGUUAAGACUGUGACUUCAAACCAUUGUUUGGGUUAAGGCAGUGGUGGAAAACAAUAGACUGCAUUAUUCUGUUUUAUUGUGAGGAAACCUGUUGAGAGGGGUCACACGCUUUGCAGUUAGAGCUGUGGAAAUCCAGGCCAAGUAUAUUCAGCUCAAGUGCCCAGUUCCUCUCUUGAGAAUAAGCAUGGUAAAACUGCUCUACAGCUUUGUAUUUGCGUCGCGGCCCCUUUAAGACCUCAGGAGGCGGGGCUUGUGGCAGUUGCUUGGAGACCAUCUAGCUCUCAGGACGCAAGGUCCUCCUUGCAUCUGCAGGCCUGACCAGAAUAAGUGGGUGAGCACCCUACGGUAGUCCUGUGUAAAACCCAUCCAUGUUUUGAAACAACACUUCAGCCUAUCGAAGGAAUCGUUGGCUAACUCUGUAUCUGAGGUAAACUCUACCUCUUCCAAAGGCCAUGGUGAAAGAAAAGAAAAAAGCAGACAAGAAAGGCGAUAAGUCAGCCCGCUCUUCAUCCUCCAAUUCGGAAAACCCAGAGACUUUCAAAGAUGGCAGCGCUGGGAAGCAGGAAGUACCGGCUAGUGCCAUCCCAGUAUUGGAAAUUCCACUCAAGCAGUUGACACCCAAAAGAGACUCUGCAAAUAUGUAUCAGAAUGAAGAUGAAACCCAGUAUGAAGAGCCCAUCCUGACCAAACUCAUUGUGGAAAGCUAUGAAGGGGAGAAAAUCCGAGGACUGUAUGAGGGAGAAGGCUUCGCUGUCUUUCAAGGUGGAAACACCUACCAUGGUAUGUUUUCAGAAGGACUGAUGCAUGGACAAGGGACUUAUAUUUGGGCUGACGGACUAAAAUACGAGGGGGACUUUGUGAAGAAUAUCCCCAUGAACCAUGGUGUGUAUACAUGGCCAGAUGGCAGCACAUAUGAAGGAGAAGUGAUCAACGGCAUGAGGAAUGGAUUUGGUAUGUUCAAGUGUGGCACACAGCCCGUGUCCUACAUCGGCCACUGGUGUCAUGGCAAGAGACAUGGGAAGGGAUCCAUCUAUUACAAUCAAGAGGGAACCUCUUGGUAUGAGGGAGACUGGGUAUACAACAUCAAAAAGGGCUGGGGAAUAAGAUGCUACAAGUCAGGAAACAUAUAUGAAGGCCAGUGGGAAAACAAUAUGCGCCAUGGGGAAGGCAGAAUGAGGUGGCUGACCACAAAUGAGGAGUACACUGGCCACUGGGAGAAGGGCAUUCAGAACGGCUUUGGAACAUACACAUGGUUUCUAAAGAGAAUCCCCAACUCUCAGUAUCCUUUGAGAAACGAAUACAUAGGAGCAUUUGUAAACGGAUUCCGUCACGGACAUGGCAAGUUUUACUAUGCCAGUGGAGCGAUGUACGAGGGAGAAUGGGUUUCCAACAAAAAGCAUGGCAGGGGCAGGAUAACUUUCAAGAAUGGACGAGUGUAUGAAGGGCUGUUUUCCAAUGACCACAUUGCACAGUACCUUGAAUCUGAAACUGAUUACACACGCAGCCUGGAUCGUCGGUCAGAUGUCUCCCAAAGGAGCUGGCCGCCUCGGGAAUCUUCUGCCAGUGCUGAUAGGGAGCCUGAGACCCUACGAAAGUUGGACGGCAGCGAAAGCCAUUCUGUGUUAGGAUCCAGUAUUGAACUAGACUUAAAUUUGUUGCUGGACAUGUACCCUGAGGAAACCCAAGAAGAAGAAAAGAAGCAGGUAGAAUACGCAGUCCUGAGGAACAUUUCCGAGUUAAGGAGAAUCUACUGCUUCUACAGCGGCCUUGGGUGUGACCACUCUCUGGAUAACACCUUUCUCAUGACCAAGCUUCACUUCUGGAGAUUUCUGAAAGACUGUAGGUUUCACCACCACAAUAUCACCCUUGCAGAUAUGGACAGGGUGCUAAGUGUCUAUAAUGGCAUUCCAAUCGAAGAAAUCCACUCUCCGUUCAGAACUAUACUCUUAAGAACAUUCCUCAAUUACCUCCUGCAGCUGGCUCACCACAUCCAUCACAAAGAGUUCCAGAACAGAAGCCCAUCACUCUUUUUGUGUUUUACAAAACUGAUGACUGAGAACAUUCAUCCACACGCCUGCCAGGUAAAAGGUCAUUUAUUCAGUGAGCAACAGCGGACGCUCUACUCAAUGAAUUAUAUCGAUAAGUGCUGGGAGAUCUACACGACCUACUGCAGACAGAACGAGGCCCCGCCCUAUGAGCUAACAAUGAAGAUGAGGUAUUUCCUCUGGAUGCUGAAAGACUUUAGGAUGCUAAGCAAGGACUUAACUCCGACCAAAUUUAUGACUGUGAUAGCAGAGGACAACCCUUUUGUGUAUGACGGAACUGACAGCAACUUUGAACUAGAGCUGGUUUUCCUGGAGUUCUUUGAAGCUCUCUUAUGUUUCUCACUCUGCUGCAUUUUUGACCGGAUGACUAGAUCCUAUUUAAAGGUUCCAUAUGAUGAUGCUACUGGGAACCGAUACGGCAGCAUUCACACAACACUCAACCAGAGCAACCACAGGAGCCCAAGUGCCAUCACGAGCCAUGAUUCCGACAUCCACUUCAGCAGCACCAAGUCAUCUUCUGACAAGAUAGGAGUUUUGCCUGACAGUAAAAUCAGGAAGUCAGAGCCCAAGCUCAAGAAGUCCCUAAGUGAGGACAAAGGCCCCAAAAUGAACGUCAAGUAUCAAGGAAGAGGACUGGUGUUUAUGUCCCCACACGAGAAAUAUGAAAAACCCAAAGAUGAUCAGAAAGAGAAACUCAACAUGUGGGUGAACAACCUCUAUGUCUUCUUUGUGAGCGUGCUUUUCAGCGCCUACAAAUGUGAGGAGAUGCUCAAGGGGAAGAUAAAGGAGAACCGGCUCGAGCAAGCGGCACUGGCUCAGCAGAGGCAGAUAGAGGAUGAAGAGCUGGAAGCCAGGCUGAACAUCCUACGGGAAGAAGAGGCCAAGAGACAGGACUUCGACAUUGACAUCACUGUUCUCAAGGAACCACUGGAAGCUCCAUCUUCGCUGCCACUCACACCCAGCCCUCCUAAAGAGGACCUGGUUUCCACCCAGACCAGCAAGGCCAGCCCUGGCAAGAAGAAGAAGAAGUGAAGGGCACUGGGAGUCAUGGUUGAGCUGCAAGGACAGCAGACAUAUGACCUCUGUGAUGAGUGUCCCAUAAAAUAAAGGGUUUGUG